AUAACAUUGAGGAGAAAUGAAUAAACUAGCAUGUAUGGGUGUAAUAGCCAAACAGUGGGCGGGGUGUUUUUUUCUUCUUCACAUUCUUCUAGCCAGCUCAUUGAUUUUAAGGUUGACUAAUUCGGGAAAAGCUUAAGCGCAUACAUGGGUGCUCACAUCUGUCCAGCAAAGAUUACAGCACAAGAAACAGAAAAAAAUGAAGCUGUGCCAUCAUCAUCAUCAUCAGAAAUGGAGGACUUAAAGAGCAGCGCAGAUGAAGAGAGAAAGAAAUUAACCUCCAGUGAUGAGGAGAGAGAACGUGUCACUUGGCAUGGAGAGUUGUUUACUGGUGCGGGAGAUGAUGAGGAUAACUGUACAGGAAUCACCAGAAGUGAAUCUAUGGAGAGGAAAGACAUUAACAUCUUCCAGAUCCAGUUUGUAGAUGAGGUCCAUGAAGGCCGAGCACCACUGACAGUGACUGUGGCGAACUCAGAGGAGGAGUUCAGGAACACCAGAGUUAAAGACCUGAAGAGAAAACUCAUCCCAGAAGACGAGUAUGAAAACACCAUUCUGAUCUAUGAACGGUCAACGCUGAAGAGAAAUCGCACACUCGGCUCCUAUAACGUUCAACAUGACUCUGUUAUUACAGGCUUACGGCGUGGAGCCACGUAUACCCUGUAUAUCUGUAAAACACUGUCUUCUGCAGGCCAUGAGUAUGAAGUAAAACGUCCAUAUGAAGAUGAUGAUGAUGAUGACCCUAAAGACAUCCCCAGAAGAUGGUCUAUGGAGAUUGGGAUUAAGAUGUAGAAACCUCAGCAGAAGUGAUGUAUAUUUAUUGUUUAGCCUCACAUGAUCCUUGUAUAAAUAUUAAUUAAAUUCUUACUGCCAUACAUAUUCACUAUCAUACGCUAUUAAAGCUGCACAAUACUGGGAAAAUUCAAUUCAUUAGAAACACAGAAGUGAACCAAAGUGCUGUACAGAAAUAUACAACAAAACAAGUAUAAUAGUUUAUAAAAGACAUAAAAUAUAAGGUAAAAUAUCGCUAAAAUACCUAUAAAGGCAUAUAUACAUUAAAAUAAGAAAAUCAGGUGUCAAAGGCCAAAGGGGAAUGCUAUUUUUAUUAGCUUUAUGUAUCUUUAUGUAUAAUUAUCAUACUAAAAUGAGCAGGUAGUAGAUUUUUAUCUCAUCUAAUUAAAUCUAACUGAGGCUAAAUUAGUAGAGGCGCAAACAUUUAGACUUUAAAACACUGUGAAUGAGUGGCUCGGUGGGUAGCACUGUGGCCUCACAGCAAAAAGGUCGCUGGUUCGAGCUCCGGAUGGGUCAGUGUUUGUUUCUGUGUGGAGUUUGCAUGUUCUCCUCGUGUUGGCGUGGGUUUCCUCCGGGUGCUCCGGUUUGCCCCACAGUCGAAACACAUGCGCUAUAGGGGAACUGAUCAACUAAACUGGCUGUAGUGUCUGAGUGUGUGUGUGGGUGUGAAUGAGUGUGUGUGGGUGUUUCCCAGUGUUAGGUUGCAGCUGGCCCUUCAAAAGAAAAAGUUUAGGCAACCCUGAGUUGAGCUCCAACCCUGCUCAAACCUGCCUUUAAAUACCAAGCGCUCCGCCAGAUUUUACUUAUUGGUUUAGUUUUAGUUCGAUCAGGGUUGGAGCUAAAUUCUGCAGAAAGGUAGAUCUCCAGAAACAGGGAUGAGCACCCCUGACCUACACAUUUCAUAGUAAUAGUAUAAAAUGUGCAUUUAAUAAUGGAUUAUUUUAGUCUAGUCCCAUUUCAAGUAUAGAUUUAAUACCGUUUAUGGACUUGCUGUAGUUAAUACGUUUUUCUUUCCUUUUUUAUAUGAUCGAUGCCGUAUUCAGUGCUUCCUUCGGUUUCUUUCUUAAGACUGAACAAAAUUCAAGUACAUCCAUUUGCACUGAGUGAUAUGUAGUACUGUAAGGAUCAAUAUACCUCCGUUAUAUUGCUGUGGAAGGACUUGUUUCAAGUUUUUGGGAUUAUUCAUGAUCUGCUGAAAGUCAUUUGUUAAUUUGUCAAUUCUAAUAAUUUUAUAUUUUGGUGCAUGAACAUUGUAGUAUAUAUAUAUAUUUAGUAUAUAUAUAUAUAUAUAUAUAUUAUUUCGGCUAGAAUAAAAUCAUUUUUUUAUUUUAAGGUCAAUAUUAUUAGCCCCUUUAAGCUAUAUUUUUUUCGAUAGUCUCCAGAACAAACCAUCAUUAUACAAUAACUUGCCUAAUUACCCUAACCUGCCUAGUUAAACUAAUUACCCUAGUGAAGCCUUUAAAUGUCACUUUAAGCUGUAUAGAAGUGUCUUGAAGAAUAUCUAGUCUAAUAUUAUUUACUGUCAUCAUGACAAAGAGAAAAUAAAUCAGUUAUUAGAGAUGAGUUAUUAACACUAUUAUGAUUAGAGAUGUGUUGAAGAAAUUUGCUCUCUGUUAAACAGAAAUUGGGGGAAAAAUAAACAGGGGGGCUAAUAAUUCUGACUUCAACUGUAUAGAUAAGAAUGUACCAACUGUAAACACAAAAAUAUAUAUAUAUAUUGUGCCUGUGAUCAGGGAAUGCAGUGAUUAUGUCAAAUUCUGUAAUGCAAGACAAAGAUUCCUGAACAAGUUCAAACAUGAAGCAAACCCAUUCAGGAGAUUUAUGUACAGAAACCAUGUGAAGAGAUUUUCCCAUGAAAGCAUGCAUGUAGUAUCUGGUUAUUUUAAAGGAACAUUUAUAGGAACACUCCAGUAUUUUUGCUAAAGGCUCAUUUUUCAAGCCUUUCAUAGUUAAACAGUUUAUUUGAACUGUUUUUUAAUACAUUCAGCUGAUUUCUUGUUCUGGUGGGGUCACUUUUAGUUUAACAUAGUAUAGUGAAUUGAAUUGGAUUAUUAUUAUUAUUAUUAUUAUUAUUAUUAUUAUUAUUAUUAUUAUUAUUACAGCGUUUUGUUUAAAAUUUUCAAAAAAAGAGUUUUGAUAAUGUUCCUAUUUAAAGCUGGGGUCUUCUAUUACCUUGUGCAAUAAAACUGAUGGAAAAUGAAAAACAAAAACACGAUCUUUUAUGUCAAUAUAGCUAAGAACUAUCCUCUCAUUCUGGUGUAAUAAUUCAGAAACUGCUGCUGUACUACGGCUGCACCAGGCGGAGUGAUAUUACGCAGCGCAGGAUAAUAAAAGCUGGAGUGUUCCUUUAAGACUCCCCCUUGACUACAUGGUUGUUUACGGUUUGCUACUUAAAUGUAAACCUCCUCCAAUAUCAAGUAAUUCAUCUCUGAUAUACAGAGUACAGCACGAACUGCUGGAGAUUUAUUUUGAGGAAGAAAUGAUCCCUGAAUUGAUUUGAGCACUGAAAAAAACAUUUAUUCCUAAUAACUCCAGGAACCUGAAUUUAAAUUAAAUUAAUCAAAUCUCACUCUUACUGCUUUCUUAAUAAACAUAUUUGUAAACUGAUGUAACUUUCUGUCUUAUUAGGCCUACUUUGUUUACACUGAAACUUUAAAUGAUCUAAUAAAUCAGUUUUACCAUCA